UUACACUUUGCUUCCCAACCACUGCAGCCUGGAGCAGCUCUCGGUGCCGUCCAGGCUGAAAGCAUCGGAGCUAUUUCAGACACAUUUAAAGGAUCACAGUCAAUAUCUCAGCUGGUAGAAGAGGCUACCUCUUUCAGCAUCGAAAGGAGGGAUAAGACUCUGUCUUAAAAAUGUCAAAGCAGCCAGCGUCACAUGUCAAAGCCAUUCAGGCUAAUAUUAACAUCCCAAUGGGAGCAUUUCGACCUGGUGCAGGCCACCCUCAUAAAAGAAAAGAACUAACACCUGAAGAAGCGGAAGAGAGUGUUCCUGCUACAGAGGAGGAGAAAGAAAAGAAGCAUCUCCCAGGAGCUAAGAAACUUCCAGGUCCUGCUGUCAACUUAUCAGAGAUUCAGAACAUAAAGAGUGAGCUGAAAUUUGUCCCCAGAGCUGAACAGUAGUUGGAACAAGCAGGUCCACUCAGAAACCUGCCCUGCAGAAGCUUACUCUCCUGCCAUCUCGAAGAGAUUUUGCUGCAUACACUGUUAAGAAUCCUUGAGCCACUUUUGCAAUCAGCAUCUUGAAGCUUUAGGGGAGAGCUGUUUAGAUACAGCUAAUAGAAAAAUAAUUGAAAACAAUCACAUUGUCUUCUCUGGGGCUUCAGCAACAUCCUGAGUUGAGUCAGGAGCCAUUAACCCUCACACUGGGUUGGAGUGUGAACCAUCUCCUCCAGAUUUGCACCUGAGUAUUUUCUUUAAAAUAAACAGAAGAGCAAUUUGAAAGCACAGUGAGAGAAGGAAUGUGCUGGUAGCCCCCUCCCCCUUCUGCACUGGCUCAGCGAUUAUCAUAUGCACCCAGGAUGCAGGAAUAAAGCAGUUCAACUCCUUCUUCUCCUCAAAAGGAUUAAACCCAAAAUUUCUUGCCUCCGUAGAGACUGGAGACUACCUCAGCAGGGGGAGCCUUUUCUAGACUUUGAACUAAAGCACGACUGCUGUGCAGAAAUGAAUUAAAAUUAAUCUGUAGACUGUGAGCCUGACGGCAGCUUAACAAGGAGUUCAGUUGUCAGUAGGGAAACCUGCUUCCUUGUGCCUUAGCAUGUGGACCGCUGUAUGCCUUGUCUUAAGGCUAAUUCAUGUAGCAACAGUUUCCUCAAGCUGUGCUUUAAAAGAAGGUGGCUGCUGCUGCAUUUUUUACAAAGCCUGAUGCAACAGGGUUGGUGUUGAAGAGGAAGGUAUCUGUGGGAACCCACCAUGCUUCUGGGUGUUGCUCAGUGUUACAUGUCUCCCCAGUACUCAGCUGAGCAGGUUUAUGAAAAAUCAGGUAUCUGUAGAUGAGUUUGAGCACAGUUUGAGAUUAUGGUAUAGUUAGACCAAAGUUUUGAGAAACAUCUCAAAGUUUUGGAGUGAAGCACCUAGGUUCCUGUUGCAACACAGGCAGUUAAACCACUAGGGUUCUGGCCCCCAUUAUUGAAGAGCACAAUCCCAUUGCCACUCAGAGCUAUGCUCUUAAAUCACUUAAGUGUGUGGUUCUCAAAAUCCCACUCCAAAUUUGUAUGUGCGAAUUGAAUAUUGUUCAUUGUUAAGAGUGAAUGCGCCUCUGUGUCCUUCUGCAACCCGAUCCAGGACACAUACUGAUACAGCUGCAUGAAUGCUCUAAAAGGAACUGCUUUAUGUAAAUCCUGAGAAAACCCUGUCUGUAGAGCUAAUAGACGAAAAUAAAUCUUUUCCACAGAAACUGUGAAUCACAUUGGUAAAAAUUCAAAAUCAAAAGUUAAUUGGUCUUAGAAGCCUGUUUUUAAUAGCAGCUCAUUCCUCUCAUCUUUUUCUUUUAUUUUCCUGUGGAAAACAUACUUUUUUUUUUUUUUUUUUAAAUUUGUUUAGGCAAAAACUAAUUUUGUGUUGUGAAACAGGAUGUCAUAGACAAGUUCAGUUUUACUCUAUGUCUUCCAAUCAGUCCUAAUACCUCAUGUCUAAAUGCUUGCCUGUCAUAGACUGCAAAAUCAAGAAGCAUAUUGACAGUACAGUCUUGUACAGGAAACAUGCUGCAAUGCCUUCAUUUAUGUUUUGGAGUAGAAAAUAA